GCCUCUCAGGGGAGAACAUUGUGCAGCAUGAAAGAGCUCAGCUUGGUUCUCCUGUGCCUCCUCCGCAUCUCCAGGAAGGGUGUGCAGUGCAAUGGCUGGUCUGUCCACGUCCCGUCUGACGUUACUGGAGAGCUUGGGAAGAUGGUUAUCCUACCCUGCACCUUCACACACCCCUACAAAACAUUUGACCGGGCCCUCACAGCCAUCUGGAGGAUCAAGGAGCCUUACAACGGCACAGUGAUCUUCAAGUGUGUGAGCCAGAGCAGCAGUGAGCUCUGCAAGACUGCCAUCAGCCACAAGAACAAGUACAAACUGCUGGGCAAUCCCCGGCACAAGGACCUGUCCAUCAGGGUGGACAACCUGACCUGGAGUGACAGCGAAAGGUACUUCUGUCGGGUGGAGCUGGCUGGAGAUAUCCAGGACAAGUAUGAAAGCAGGAAUGGGAUAAAGCUGCAUGUGAUUGCCGCCCCCAGGAUCAUUAACAUCACGGUCAGCUCCAGCAGGGACCACACCUUCCAGGCCCGCUGCACGGCCGAGGGGGAGCCAGCACCCGCCCUGACCUGGAGUGGGCCCCCCUACAGCAACCUGAGCUCCACCAGCAGCUCCAGCCACCGCGUCACCAAGGAGCUGCGAUCCCUGACCCAUGAUGGGAAAUACACCUGCACCGCUGUCAACAGCCACGGCAGGGCAGAGGGGGCCAUCUACUUCUACAAAUUCAGAGCCUCCGACAGCUCCUCCUUCAUGAUCCUGAUCUUUGUCCCGCUGGGAAUCAAGGUGGUCAUUUUGCUGGUGAUACUGAGCUUCACCGCUUUCCCCAGAGAAGGCCACAGCUGCCGGAGUGCACCUACGAGAAUUGUGACCGCAGACACAGCCAGACCCAGCCCAGGGCAGGGGCAACACCCAGGCGCAGCUGAGGGGCCAGCGGGACCCAUCCCCACGGAUCUCCUUCCCCAAGGAGCACAGAACCGGCCUUGGCUGAGGGACAGGGGAUCAGACCAGCCUCGGGUAGCUUGGAACUGCUUCAUCUCUAAGCUCCCUUCCACAAUGCAAUGAGUUCCAGCCCUGCUUCUCCUCACAAGUAAAAGCAGCCUUUUUGGUGAAAAGAGAAGAAGGAGUGAUGGAGCUGGAAGGACAAAACGUGGUCAAUUUUAACUUAUUUGUGUUUUUAGCCCCUAUCAAAUACCUAAGCAAGCAGGCAAUAGUAUAGAAUUGCCUCAAAGCUUUUUGCUUAGUAUUUUUCAAAUAUUGCUCUGAAAAGCAUUUUCACCACUCUGCUUCUCCAACCACAUCCAAAUGGGUACUGACAUGAUAGAAAUCCUAGCUGUGGCAAAAUACUACCAGAAUUUCUGAUGGGGCUUGUUCCUUUUUUUAAAAAUUAUUAUAAUUCCUAAAUGUCCAAAAGAGUUUAUUUUAGAGUUUAAAACGAAACCUUAACUUUAAAGAAGAGUCCAAGAAAAAAAGAUGUUUUCCAAAAACUGGUAGAGCUGAAAGCAGGAUAUGAGAAGUCUAAAGUAGUCUGUGUUGUAACUCUGCUUCAGGUCCUAGUGCCCAGAAACUCAGAGCUUUGUGAAAAAUUUUCCAAUACGCAAAAUUGUUGGGUUGGUUUUUUGUUAUGUUUUUAAUAGCUAAAAAAAUAUUUGUAAACAAUUUCCAUCUCUGUAUUACCCAAAGGAGUUUCUUUAAGGUCUGACUACUCAUUUCUUAAAUCUCUCUCUUCUGAGAUAAAGUCCUACUGCCAAACCACAAAGACUAUUAAGUCCCUAAGGCAAACCACAGCCAAAUCUCUUACACAACUGUAAACAUCCUCCAAGAUCAAGCGAACAGAUCCAGCUUAUGGUAUAGGGCAAUGUGGGUCAACCUGGAGUCCUGGGGAGGCAAGCAGAGGCCCAGGAUAGAGCUGGAGACAGCAACAAGUUGGCUUAGAUGAGGAGGAGGAGGAGAAAGAAUUUAGAAAGAGCAGUUGGCUUGAACUUACUUUCACAUUUAUACUGCUGGAUUUGAUGCUCUGUGCAACCAUCUCAGUGCAGCAGCUCCAAAACUGUUCCCCGAACAAUCCUGCUCCUGGUAACAACCACCAAACUGCUAUCAUCAAGCUUACAAGCUUGACCCCAGGCUCCAAAUCAUUAUUUUAAAGCCCACCUCUUCAUAAGAUCUGCACUGGGAGAGCAAAGCAGAAUUUUAAAUUACUUGGCCAGAAUGAUAACGGGGAAAGAAAAAAUAAACGGGAGGAUAUACUUGAACCUGAUCUUUUAAAUCCCUGCUUAAAAUUCCAGCAGUGACAAAGCCAGAUUUAAUAAAAAAUAAGAAGAGAUGUAAAGAGAAAAGGGAAGUUAAGGCAGACAGUGUAGUCACAGACCUGUAAGCUCAGUUUCACGGGUGUCAGAGAUGAAAGAGACCUCAGAGACAUCAGUUGGACAAACUGAAUUGGAUUUCUGAGCCCUGAUGAUUUACAGACAUACAGUAAUGAGAUCUCACUUCUACCUGUGCCUGGGAUUUAGGCUUGGCUUUCUGAAUUUUUCUCUCAAAAAUUCUUUCUUUAACUCAAGUAGUUUGGGUCCAAAUAGAAGCAUCAGACUCCUCAGGUCCCAAAACCAGCUGGUUUCCCCUGGUCCUCAUGGGAGACUCAAACCACCCACGCUAACCAGUAUAAACUGGAGGAACAAAACACAGCAGUGCACCCACCAGGACGCUCCUGGUAUUGAACCCAUCUGGGAGAUGCAGGGAAUGCCAAAGCCCUUCCAGUAAAACUACAAGGAAUAAAAAGUCAAUCUGUUUGGCACCACUUGGAAAAUAAGGCCCCAAGCUCUGGAGUUAACAUGUGCACAGAGAACUGCAAUACAGGUUCAGACUUCAGCCACCACACUGAUCAAGAAGCCAGAAGACUGUCUGCAGGUGACACAUACAGCAAUUAUGUGUUGUCUGACAUGGAUCCUUCUACCAAGCUGAAAAUAUCACAGUGUAUGUCACCAUCUGGUUGAUUUUCCAUUUUUAUUUUGCAUGGUCUUUGCAGACAGAGCAUGUUAUAAAUACAACAUUUGUAAAAACUCAACAGCUGAAACAAUUCCUCAUUUUGAAAGUGCAUGUCAAACACAUACUUCUGACUUCUUCACAUUUAUAUGCAACUGAUCAAUAACAUUUAACCUAAUAAACCCAGUGCUUUUAAGUCUUUGGGGGGAAAAGCAGCAGAAUGCAUUUCUCCAGACAUGAAUUUUCCAAAAAAGUCUGUUAAAAACCAUGCUGCAUUGGUAUCUGGUUACUAUACAGAGGGAUGUACAUAUAUAUAUUUAUUUAUAGGCUCGCAGAUAGAGCAGAGAACUCUAAGACCACAUUAAAAUGACGGUGAUCUAAUGACCCAGCUGGCAUAAUUAGCAGAAUCUGCCAAGAAGGAAAAGGUAAUCUGUCCUCUAGCACCAGAACCAUGGUUUAAGAGCAACAGCUCAAAGCUUCAUUGACCAGUAGGUAGCACAUUUCUAUCCCCUAUUGACCCAAACUCAUGUUUUAACUUGCAACCAUGUCAAAAACACAAAGGCACAAUUAAUGGAGGAAGAGAAAAAGUGAUCAGUUCCUUCAUAGAGCUGUAGGGACUGGGAUUGCAGGACCUUGGGCCAGCUCAAACAGAUCAAUGAUUAAAGGGACAUCAGACAAGCACCAGGAAAAAUUCGCCUUCUGCUUUUCCUAAACAAAAGUGCAUCCUAUGAUCAGACAAGGCAACAAAACCAGUGAUCAUUCAGCUGAAACAAUAGAUUUACAGGCUCAUGGUUCAUGCUUUGGCAACAGAAUUUUAACAAGUGAUCACCAAAUUUAAUACAACAAAAAUACCUCUUCACAGUGUCACCUAAAAUCCUGUCAUGUCAUGGCCAGCCAGGCAGAAGAAAAUAAGCUUAAGUGGUGGUUAUUAAACAUUUCCUAGACAACCAAACUUAGGAAUUAAGGAAUCCUAUUUAACAUGAUCGUAACUGACUGUUCCCCUCUCAGACACUAGAGAUCCAGAAAAUAUGUCUCUGGAUUUAAAUCCCCUUGAACUUGGCUAGAAGUGACUUGCAUUUAAUCAAGCAAUACAGAUGCAGACACACUAUAUUUAGAAAACAAGGAAAAACAAUGUUCUUAGUUCCUAUUUGUGUUGGUAUUUACAGAAGUGGGUAAAGAUUGUAGGCAUGCCUCUAAACUAUUGACUUCUGUGGGAUAGCAAAAAAGUCAAGGUUUAAAAUACAAUCCUUUCAAAUACAGGGAUUUCACAAAAAUUGUUAGACACACAGGUAAGACUCAGGUAAAAUUGUAAGACUCAGAGGUAUCCUGGUUAAGAAAGUCAAACCUCUUUUACACACAAUACUCCACUCACUUUUGAACUGGUCUGAAUGAUGACACACUGGGAAA